GUAGCUCACAAUUUUCUGAUAAGCUUCAGUGAUAAUUGUGAUUUACUCUAAAUAAAUAGGCUACUGUACACACUAAUUGUCCUUACGUAAGUGCGGAUUCUUACGAAGGACAUAGCGAAUUUGUCGACACAACCAAACUUGUCCCUUUUCAUCAAACAAAAUGUUACAACGAUACCUUGUCGUUGUAAUCGCGUUCUUCGUGAUUUUCCAACGUGGAUUCGCAGAGACACCACGUAUAAUGAAAUCCAACAAGUCUAUAAAGGUGAUACCAGCGAGUGAAGAAAUUCACUCAAGAAAACGUCGAUCCACUGCAUUUACUGCAGAACAAAUCCAAGCCAUCGUUGACCGUCACAAUUACCACAGACGGAAUGUUUCACCUGGACCCGCGUCGAACAUGGAAUAUAUGGAGUGGGAUGAUAAUUUAGCAACCAUGGCACAGCAGUGGUCUGAUGGAUGUCACUAUGGUCACGGGCAACCAACGCCGAAUCUAACACCAUAUUCAUGGAUUGGUCAGAAUCUCUACGCAUCAUCCAAUGAUGGCACCAAUGGAGUGCAAGCCACUGAUGCAUGGAACAACGAAGAUCAGUACUAUGAUUACGAAUACAACAAUUGCACUCAUGUGUGUGGACAUUACACACAGAACGUCUGGGCGACAUCGAAUCGUAUUGGUUGUGGAGUUAGAUUUUGCAAUAACCCAAGUGGACUUUCAUGGGCUACAGCAAACAUCAUCACAUGUAACUAUGGACCAGGUGGUAACUAUGUAGGACAGAGGCCUUACCUUUUGGGUCCUGCGUGCUCAGAAUGCUCCUCAGGGGUUGGCCAAUGUGAUAACGGCUUGUGUCGCCCAUGUGCAGAUCACAGUGGCCCGUGUGUAUGCGAAGCAAUCUGCCAGAAUUGCGGAACAGUAACUGACGAUUGUACUUGUGAAUGCCAGGACGGAUUUAUAGGAGUCGACUGUUCAAGGGAAUGCGGUAACUACCAUAUGUAUUGUGGUGCAGGGUGGUACCCAAAUUGGUGCGAUGAUGAACACCCGUAUGUCCCAGAAAAUUGUCCACUUAUGUGUGGUUUGUGCGUUGAGGUCGAUCCGAAUUUCGAAUGUAAUUCAACUACCGUCAAACCAACAACAGAGAAGCCAUCGACAGAAGAACCACGUCCAUCGACAGAGGCACCACCUCCACCCACAGAGGAACCACAUCCACCGACAACGGAACCACGUCCAUCGACACACGAACCACUUCCACCGACCACGGAACCAGUGGGAGGCUGUGAUCUACACUGUGAAAACGGUGGUGUCUGUACGGAAGAUGGUAAAGACGGCUUUUGUGACUGUCCAUUAGGAUUCGGCGGUCGGACAUGCAGACGAGUUGUGGUGUAUUGUCCAUGCAACCGACCGAAUUAAUUACGGCUACAACGGAAUACUUCACCAAUGUCGUAAGUUCAGCUUCGGACUGAAAGGUACAACAUAAUCAUAGACAUGGAGAAAAAUAAGAUUAGUUACAAUAAUACAUAUUUCCAUAACAAAAUAUUUAGUUUCAACAGGCUAGAAAAAUGUUAUAGUAAAGUAAUGUUAUAGUAAUGUAAUAUAAUAGUGGUAGGCCUAC